CAGUGAGGAGAUUCUGGCAGCAGCGGGAGCUGAGAAUCAGAUUCACCACGAGGAGUGUUGUCACCAUGAGAGACUGUUGGAAGGAUCGCCACGUUAUUCACUCUGUCGGUCUGUCUCUCUGCCAGAGUGUGUCUCUGCCAGUCUGUGUGUGUGUCUCUGCCAGUCUCUGUGUGUUGAUCCGUAAAGAACAUUGUGGAGUGUGGACCAUGAAGCCGAAUUGAAUUUUACAUCCAAAUCAGCAGAAACAGACAGAAGAGGAACUUCGGACGGGAAGAGCGUGAUAGCUGGUGAUCUCUGAUAAAAACGAGCAGCAAUAACAGGACCCAACCAGCCACUCUCACUGAGGAAACGAUUAACCUGUCGUGGUUUAUUGACCUGAACGGACAUCUGAAGAAUAUUCAAAUGGACCUCCCUUAAUAAAGGGAGGUGUUCAGGACCAGAUAGAAACUGGUCAGCACCAAAACAGAAUCUGUUACUGGAGUAACUGGUCAGUACUGAAACAGAAUCUGUUCGUGGGGAAACUGGUCAGUACCGAAACAUCUUACAGAGGAACCUUCAGCACCAAAACAUAAUUUCUUACUGAAGAAACUGUUCAGCACCGGAACAUGUCUCACUGAAGAAAGUGUUCAGUACCAAAACAACUCCCUGAGGAAACUGUUACGAACCAAUAUAUAUCUUACUGAAGACAGUUCAGUCCCAGCGAGUUGAGGGAAGUCAGGAUGUUUGGUCCCCGGAUGACAUUAAACCCAGAUUGGAUUUGGCUUCGCGUCUCUUUGUGGAGUGGAGGAGAGGAGUGGAGAGAAGAGGUUUCUAUUUGUACUGAUGGUGUGUGAUCGAAAGAGAGAGGACGACAUCGUGAGAUGGCUGAUAAUGCAUCAACGCCAGUAUUGAUAGAAAUACAGAAAUAUGUCAAAUAAUAACAAUCACUGUAAUCAAUCAUCAAUGAACAGACAGUGGACUUAAGAUAAACGCGUGGAUUCAGGAGAAUGAAAGUCACUAGUUUGGAUGUCAUAUUCAGGGGAGCACAUGUUGUACAAUGGGAGGACAAGUCUCAGACCCUGGCAAGAACAUAGACACUCUUCAUGUAUUGAUUGAGAUUGAAUGAUUUGUGCAACAUGCAAGCGCAACAGGUUAGGUUUGGGCAUGCUAGCGAUUGGUUAGGGUAAGGUUAGCUUUAGGCAUGCUAGCAAAGUGUUCAAGGGUCAGGAUAAGGUUCGUAAACAAAAACACGCCAAAACAACACACCUGGAUCCAAACCGCAUUACAAAGUCCUGGAUUCAAAGUCCUGCCCACUACGACCUCUGCCACCCUGUUUCCACUAACAGGCUGGAGCAAUCGGAAUGGACUGGGAUCUUUGAAUGCCCAGACACUGAUUGAGACGGUCCAUGUACUGGAUAUUCCAACUCAACUGUAAGCUAACAUAACCAGCGAACACUACUGUGGAGGUGGAUCUAACAAGCAGACUUCAAGUGGACACUAUGAUGUGUGUAACUGGUUGGAGGAGUGUGAGCUGGACGGCUCGGCCUGGUCAGAGGAGUGUGUGUACGUGUGUGACGCAGGUGGUUCUGAUGUGUCUGACCGUCCUGUCUUCCUGUCUGUCCGUCUGGGCUGAAGACCAGAUCAUCUUCGACCACCAUGCUGUCUACUGGAACAGCACGAACCCCAGGUUCCACCAUGACUACAGGGUUGCGGUCAAUAUAAAUGACUACCUCGACAUCUACUGUCCAUUCUACACCAACGGCCCUCCGGCUCACGGUCGAAUGGAACGCUAUAUCCUGUUCAUGGUCAACCACGAAGGGUACACUUCCUGUCAACACAGGAUGAGGGGGUUCAAACGCUGGGAGUGCAACCGUCCUACCGGUCCUGACGGUCCCCUGCGCUUCUCAGAAAAGUUCCAGCUGUUUACGCCUUUCUCCCUGGGCUUCGAGUUCAGGCCAGGACAUGAAUACUACUAUAUCUCGUCUCCUCAUCCCAACCAUGUAGGGAGGCCGUGUCUGAGGCUGAAGGUGUAUGUCAGACCCCCAGGCAGUUCAGGGUUUGACUCUCCAGAGCCCUUUCUGACUGAUGGAGCUGCAGACUGGAGCCCAGAGUCCCUGCUAGCCCCAGCCCUAAUACCCAGCCUGGCCUCACUGCUACUGGGCUUCCUCUCAUCGCUGUGACCCCCCCUCCACUGGAGCAAGACCUAGACCAGAGUCUUUGCUGGAAGACUGCCUGUAGGACUGCCUGGCUGGCUGUCCCUCAAACUCCCACACGCUCAGGGAGAAACUCUCUUUCAGUCCUGGAUUAAAAACCACUGUGGGUCCCCAGGACAAGCAUUUACAGCCCCUGGGCUAAUUAAUGGAUGAAGAGCCCCUAGUCUAAACUUAACCCUAACCCCACUUGGGUGUCUGAAGGGACAUGGAUGGGGGGUGGUGGUACUUGGCUGGACACACGCAUGCCUGACCACUGUGAAUCUGGACUGAACUGACUAAA